GCCGCCGGGUUGCGCUUUUCAAACGCCAACUGUGCGGGCUGCGGUUGGGGCGCCGGGCCGUGCCGAGCGCGAGGGCGGCGCCGUCUGUUUGUGGGGGCGCGUGAGGAGCGGGGCGCUUCGCGGUGAAAAUAGAUAACCAGCAGAGGAGAGAAGACCUUGUGUUAAUUAUGUCCAGGAGAAAGUUGGAGAGCAAAAGCCUUUUAGGCUUGUCCACAUCUCUUCAGACACAAAUCAAGAUGGAUAAUUUUUACGAUUUUUACAUGCUUGAACCUAAAGAACUAGGAAGAGGAAGAUGUGCUGUGGUUAGAAAAUGUAUAGCUAAAUCCACAGGCCAAGAAUAUGCAGCUAAAUUUCUAAAGAAGAGGAGAAGAGGACAGGACUGCAAAGCAGAAAUUUUACAUGAAAUUGCUGUGCUUGAAUUAACAAAGUCUAAUCCUCGUGUAGUUAAUCUCCAUGAAGUCUAUGAAAUGAACAAUGAAAUCAUCUUAGUGUUGGAAUAUGCUGCCGGAGGUGAAAUCUUUAAUUUGUGUGUUCCUGACUUUUAUGAGAGAAUUGAAGAAAAUGAUAUUAUCAGACUUAUUCGACAAAUACUUGAAGGACUCUGCUGUCUGCAUGAAAACAAUAUUGUGCAUCUUGAUUUAAAGCCCCAGAACAUCUUGCUGAGCAGUAUCAAUCCUCUUGGUGAUGUAAAAAUUGUAGAUUUUGGUAUGUCUCGGAAGAUCGAGAAUGCUAGUGAAUUGCGGCAAAUCAUAGGAACCACAGAAUAUCUAGCUCCAGAAAUCUUAAACUAUGAUCCUAUUACCACGGCUACAGAUAUGUGGAAUAUUGGUGUAAUCUCAUAUAUGCUGCUAACUCAAGAAUCUCCAUUUGUGGGGGCAGAUAAUCAAGAAACUUUCCUCAAUAUCUCUCAAAUCAAUGUGGAUUAUUCAGAGGAAACUUUUGCAUCAGUUUCAUACCUGGCCAGAGACUUCAUUCAAAAACUCCUUGUCAAAAACCCAGAGGAAAGACCAACAGCAGAGGCCUGUCUCUCUCAUUCUUGGCUGAAACAGGGGGAAUUCAUACUAUUACAUAGUCCUGAAGAAUCUUCCUGUCCUUCUCCAAUGCAGGAACACACAACAAAGUGUUCAGAGGAAAGGAAUACUAAAUCAAUUUGCAAUGGUACCUGUGGUGACCGAGCAGAUAAAGAGAACAUUCCAGAAGACAGCAGUACAGUCUCUAAACGUUUUCGGUUUGAUGAUUCAUUGCAAGACUUCAUGACAGACUUAGUAUGUUAACACAUGGCUGGCUGUGCAGGUCCUCUGAACUGAAUUUAGGAUUAUAAUCUAUUCCAGUGGUGAAUAUUGUGAGAUUAUGGUUUGUCCAUUCGUGCAGCAUGGUUAUACUGAAAUGCACUUUCGAGUGAUCCUCUUAUGCGGUACUUCCUUUCAUGUCCAUUGCUGGCAAUGGCUUUUACUCCUGAGAAACUGGAGUUCUGGCAUCAGGGGAGAGCCUUAUGUUUUGAAGGCGAUUUAGUUGAAUAUAUUUGCACUUUUCAAGUUUUAGUCCAAAAAACGUUUAAUAUAAUAGAGAAUAAAAAUAUAAAAACUUUUGAAUGUUAAUAAAUGGACUCUAGUUAAACAACUUAUAAAAGUGCUCAAGACCGUGAUCUAAUAACAUAGUCACAUUUCUGUGACUAAGACUUGAUAAUGGAUUGAAGCAGAGAAAUUGAAACUAAUUUCUGACAGCCUUUCACUGCAGUGACAGUGCCAUCUGUUAACUGAGAGUUUAAAAUCAGAAGAAUAUUGGGAUGUAUUGAACACAUUCAGCAAAUACUGUUUACUUAGAAUGUUUAGCUGUGGUUAAGGAUAAUCUUUCUGCCUUAGCUGACUGGUUACAUGUGGAUAAUGUACUGCAUGUGGCAUGUAUUUUUAAUAUGCUAGCAUGAAUGUUUCUGGAAUAUUAGAAUAGAAUAGAAUAAGGGUAGGUUGUCAGUCUUAUUGCUGAAGAUCCUUGCUUCAUAAACAAAUCUAAUUGUAAGAGUGUGAAAAGUUUUGCACUGAAGUGCAUAUUGAAACAAUUGUACAUGCUCCAAAGAAGCUGUUGUCAGUCUCCAUAUAUAUCUGGAUUGUAUUGAAAUACAGAUUGCACAGCAUAAAUAUUCCAAUACGCAUAAUAAAGUGUACAUACCUCUUAAAAACAGCAGAGAUGAUGAGACUAAUAGCAUAUAGUCUUUUAUUGCUCAAACAAUUAAAAUGCAUCUGCAUUAAGGAUGUGUUAAAAAGCUGAUAGGUGUGGGAUGGAGAGUGUGUUAAUUUGCUUGCAUAGUAAUUUUUCCAACCAAACUAUUUUUCCUCAAAGUACUUACUCAUGCCGAUCUUGAGAAAUUGGCUGCAAAAUUUCAGAAUUAAAAUUCAGAGCUCUUUUGGUUAUCUGAAUCUAUCAAUUUUUGAAAACAUUCACAUCUGUUUUCUGUUUUGCACUCUCCAUCUUCCCCCCCCCCCCCCAAAAAAAAAAGGCAGGGUUUUUGGGUUUUUUUUUUUUUUUUUUUUGUAUUCCUCUUGUUCCGAGGCUCUGAAAAAAACACUGCAUUAUGCCAAGUUCCAGCUUGGAGCAAAUGUUGAUCAGGUCCUAAACUGAGUUGAUUCUAGAAAUGCUGACAAGCUAUCGUAUCCACAGUAGCACUAAUAGUGUGAAAAUUGGAGCCUUUUCACAUAGGGAAUGGAAGUAAUUAAAGCUCUUUGAAAUAUUAUGAAAGUUAAUGGCACUUUAAACUAUUCCCUGGAUCUUCGAGUCUGCAUAGCUUAGACUGAAUCCUCCUCAGUGUGGAUGUCUCAUUUGUGACAUUUAGUUUUGUGAUAUUUAGUUAAUUGCAAGAUGCUUCCUCAAAUGUGCAUUUGGACCCUGUCAUACUUAAACAAUUUCUAGUUAAAAUUCAAGAGAAAAUAUCAAACACUGAAAUAAUGUAAAUGCUCAUUUUAUUAAUAUGUAGUAAAAUGUUGUAUUUUAAAUACCUUUAUAACAAAAGAAUGGAAUAAAAAAUAUUUUAAGCAAUUUGUAUAGUAAAUCCAACCUAACAGACAAAUGAGUCCAAUAAUGCUCUCUUUACUUGGUUAAUACUCCUGUUGAUCUGAAUGGAAGUUCCAACUGAGUAAAGUGUGCAGGAUCAGGCCUUAACCUUUUAUGUGUUAAAAUCCAGUCUUUUCUGUUCUCUUUAUAAAGACUGAUAUCCAUGUGAUAUUGUUUUUAAUAUCAGUAUGUGUUCAAGCAUGAACAAGCUGAGCUACCUAGUUAUUAGGGGACUCCACUAUCUCAUCUCUACAUAUUAAUAUUAUGUAAUGUAUACAUUAUUCUUUUUUAUCAAUUGAUAACCGAGAAAUAAGUAGACUUUGUGGAGGCAGUUAAUAGACAAGUUAGGUUUUUGGAUUUUUUUUAAAUUUUGGAAGUCCUUGCUUUUACCCAAGAGAAAUAUCUGUGUUUAAAACGAUCGUCUUCUCACAAGAACUUAAUCUAAUUACAGUGUAUUGAAAUAAAGGUAUUUUUAUAUAUUCAGAAUUGAAAGUUCACUUAAGAUGGAGAGGAAAUGUCAAAACAGUACAACAGAUUCAGCUAUAAAAGGUUGUUUACAGAAAUAAUUGUAAUAUAAUUUAAACUGUCCAAAUGACUGCUAAGUUAUUAAUUUUAAAACUGGAAGCUCACAUUAAUAUUACUAUUUCUUUUAACAUAUGAUACAGGUUAUGCAAAAUAUAAAGUCAUAACCAUAUAUACCAGCACUUUAACUAAACAAAAUACAGGAAAUAUUCUAUAAAGAAACUUUCUACCAUGUUGUUUGAUAAAUGUUUACAUUUCUUACUGCUUUUUUCUGGUCUUAAGUUAUCUUUUAAGUUUGAAUAAGUGAAUUUUGGUAUUAUCCAAUAGAGCUUUUUCAAAUGUUGUAGACAUCUAUAUUUUUGUAUGUAAAUUCAAAUAUAACUGGAGCAAGAAUUUUAAAUUGUUUGGAUUAAUAUAAAUGUUUAAUUUUAUAAGAAUUUUGUAUUGUGCAUGCCAUAAUUUUCUUUAACAUAUGUAAUUUCAUUUAAGAUACAAUUGUUCUUUGGUAGCCCAUUGUGCAUAGUGUCAUGUUAUUGGGGGCUAGCAAAAACAGAUGUAAAUGGUCAUAGUAAUAUUUUAUUAAGAUAACUGAUGUAAUUUCUAUGCAAUUCCUGAAUUAUUUUGUAUAAACAAACAUUUUGUAUUGAAAUGUGACUUUAUUCAACAAUUUGUAAACUUAAUAUUUUCUAAUCAGAAAAAGAGGCUUUCCAGCUAAUGUCCUCUGCUCUUUGUAAAGUUUAUCUGAUAAGUUACUGAAUGUAGCUUUUUGAAAUGCCACUACAUCCUUACACUUAUUAAUUUCAUAUCUGGGAUGCUGCUUACAAUUGAAUCUAGAUUAAAUCUGUGAGGGUGAAAAAGGUGUUUCUGCUUAUAUACAUUGAGGGCCAGAACUCUUGUCCUUUUAUAGUUUAAUUUUAGGUAUAAAAUAUUUAGAGGAAAGGAGAGGCAUUUUAAAAUAUUAUAUAAGAAAGAAAUGCUGGUGUUCAGGUUUCAUUAGUCUCUCUGUAGAGGCUGUAGAACCAGCAGUAUGCCAACCAGCUAAAGAGAGAAGAUAAGAAGCAAAAUGAGUCAAAAAUAUGAAAUGGGCCAGUACAAAUAUGAAAUGUCUUGAUUUUAAAAAACUAACCCAGUGGUGAUCUGUAUACCUCAACAGCAUAAGAUAAACUGGCAUGUAAUAUCCAUGUUGUUUAUUUAGCAGAAUUGUCCUUUCUAAAACUCCUUAAAGUUAAGUUGAAUGUUAAUAGGCUGAUGGCCUAAAAAUAAAUUUAUACUCUUCUA